CGUGGCGGUGGCGGUGGCGAUGGCGAGCACGGCCCUGUACGCGUGCACCAAGUGCAACCAGCGGUUCCCCUUCGAGGAGCUCUCGCAGGGCCAGCAGCUGUGCAAGGAAUGUCGGAUAGCGCAUCCCAUAGUAAAGUGCACGUAUUGCAGGUCGGAGUUCCAACAGGAAAGCAAAACGCACACAAUCUGUAAGAAGUGCGCUCACAACGUCAAGCAGUUUGGUACGAGCGAGGCCCUGACCCGUGUUUUGUGUCCUUCGUUUGGCCCGUCUGCGCAGCCCAAGCCGUGCCAGUACUGCAGCGUCAUCGCCGCCUUCAUCGGCAGCAAGUGCCAGCGCUGCGCCAACUCGGAGAAGAAGUACGGGCCACCGCAGAUGUGCGAGCAGUGCAGGCAACCGUGUGCUUUCGACCGCAAGGAGGAGGGAAGGCGGAAGGUGGAUGGGAAACUGCUGUGUUGGCUGUGCACCCUCUCGUACCGGCGCGUCCUGCAGAAGGCAAAGGAGCAGCGCAAAAGCCUCGGCUCCUCCCACUCGAGCUCCUCGUCCAUGAGCGAGAAGGAGCGUCGCGGAAAACGCCACCACCAUCAUCACCAUCAGCAGCAGCAGCAGCAGCACGGGAGCUCACAGCACAAGCUGAACAACCUUAGUCCAGAUCAGGAACAGGGACUGUGGAAGCAGGGUUACACGUCGUCCUCGGUGCAGAACGAAACCCCGAAGAAAAGGGCGAAACAGGAGCCGAAGCCAUGCAACGGGGACAGUAGUUCCAUCGGUCAGUCGGUAGACUCGGGAGGAACGGACAACUUUGUCCUCAUCAGCCAGCUGAAGGAGGAAGUGAUGUCGCUGAAGAGGCUGCUGCAGCAGCGAGACCAGGCCAUACUGGAGAAGGAGAGGAAGCUUACAGAGCUGAAGGCAGACUUCCAGUACCAGGAGACCAACAUGAGGCUGAAGAUGAACAACAUGGAGAAGGCCCACAAGGAGGCCAUGGAGCUGCAGCAGGCCAAGAACCGGGAGCUCCUCAAGCAGGUGGCGGCUCUUUCCAAAGGGAGGAAGGCCGAGAAGACGGGAGGCGCGUUCCUGUCGGCCUGAUGGCGCGCAGACCUCCCACCCCAGCCCCGGCACGUGGACACGCGCUUCUGUCGCGCGUACUUUGUAAUUUAAAAUACCUUAAUUCAGGAACUCGGGUUAAACGGCUCGUUCUUCUCUUGACAAAGACACUUGAGCGAAUGCACAUUAUCUCUCUCUCACACACACACACAGAGCGCGCUUCUUGUAAACAAACCGUGGCAAUAUAAUAGUGUCUUUGAGUUACUAGGCCGAGUUUCCGUAGGAGAGCCAAAAGGGACGGAGCACUGCGGAGUUGCUGCCUUCAUGAAGGACAGCAUUUUAAAGUGUUUUUUUUUUUUUUUUUUUUAUUAACUUCCUGUUGUCUGCCUUUUGUAAAUGUGCUGAGAAGUUAAAUUUGUAUUUGUGAUAAAACUGCCGCCAAGGGGCUCCUCGCUGGUUCUGCUUCCAGCUGUGAAAUAAGCGGGACCUUGUCCGGGCACCGAGCGCCCUUCCCUGGCCACGCCCCCGACCACGCCCCUCCAGCCCCAGACCACGCCCCGCCCCACCCGCACAUCGAACAGGAAAGUUGCGCAAUAUGAGGAACGCGAACUUAUUGACUUUACAUGUUGAUGCCGUUCGAAAAAUCGCGUGUUCUUGUUCUGUACCUUAGUCACCCUUCUUUUUACCCACUUGUAGACGCCGGCCUGAGUACUUCGUGUCACGGGUCCGAGCGGCUGUAUUUAUGCAUUGACCGCGGCCGUGGAGCCGGAGCUUUUCUCCGACUGCCUGAGCUGAGCGGGUGGUGGUUCCCUCCGCCCGGCUUGUGCCUUAAAGUGGCCCGGCAAGUGACGUCCCGGUCGGGCGCAGAGGAGCGGGCCGAAGCUGCUCAGACCGCGGCGCGGGGGGGGGCGGAGGGGAGGCGUCGGGGUCCUUAGCAGCGCAUCUCACCGCACCGUCCGGCCCGCGGAGCCUCCAGCCGCCCCGGUUCUUCUUCCCACGUCGUGUCUCCGCUCCGCACCGGGACACCGCGCCGGGCUGCUCUCGCGUACUGUAUUUUAUAGGCGUAACCUUUUCUAAAUGUGAUGUAAAGAGAUCCUUUUUUUAUAUACAGUGAUGGCUUUUGUGUAUUUAAAACAAAUUUGUAAUUUCUUACUCGAGCACAAGCAGCACACAAAGAAAGUGCGGAGGAGGUGCAGGGAGAAACACACACGUCGUGUGUUUGUCGUGCUCGUUCUGGUGCUCACAUUGGACGUGUGUGGAAUAUUAAACGUGGUCAAUUA